AUGGAGUCCACCACUGUCAACCCCUCGUCGCUCGCUCUGACCUGCGGCAUGCUCGAGAUGACCAAGCCCGUCAACCACACCCUCCACCGCGUCUCCAUCGCAAAGCCAACCACUACCACUAAGACCGCCGCGGCCACCACCCCUGUCAAGGAGACCCCUGGGGACUGGUACUACUCGUACCUCUCCGUCGCGUCGGACAUCUAA